CCGCCCUGCUCGUGGAAGGGAGGAGGAGGAAUGUGGAAGGCGGCGGCGCGCAGGCUGACAGGCGGAUCCUCGGGCGGGCUGCAGCGGCGGCCGGAGCGCCUCUCCUUCGCCGGGGUUGCGCACCCCUUCCUCGCCGUGCCCCGCGCCAGCGCGGGAUUCUCUGUCCUCCCGCCUCGUCCCUGAAGGGAAGAACCGAGCGGCGCCCCCGACCCUCUCCCGCCGUACCCCGCCCCGGCGCAAGAGGAGAGCGCGAGUGCCCGAGCCGCGGGCCGGCGGGCCGGCGGCGAAGAUGGCAGAGGGACCGGCCUCCCCAGUCCCGCUCUCUCCCCUCGAAGUGGAGCUGGACCCGGAGUUCGAGCCUCAGAGCCGUCCGCGCUCCUGUACGUGGCCCCUGCAGAGGCCGGAGCUCCAGGCGAGUCCGGCCAAGCCCUCGGGGGAGACAGCCGCCGACUCCAUGAUCCCGGAGGAGGACGACGACGAAGACGACGAGGACAGUAGCGGCCGAGCCAGCUCGGCCAUGGCGAUCGGCGGCGGCGGGAGCGGCGCGUUGGGCUCCGGGCUGCUCCUGGAUGAUUCGGCCCGGCUGCUGGCUUCCGGAGGGCAGGACCUCGGGUCCGGGCAGGCUCCCGCGGCGGGCGCGCUGAGCGGGGGCCCGCAGACGCCUCUGCAGCCCCAACAGCCACUGCCACCGCCGCAGCCGGGGGCGGCUGGGGGCUCCGGGCAGGCGAGGAAAUGCUCCUCGCGUCGGAACGCCUGGGGAAAUCUGUCCUACGCCGACCUGAUCACCCGUGCCAUCGAGAGCUCCCCGGACAAACGGCUCACUCUGUCCCAGAUCUACGAGUGGAUGGUGCGCUGUGUGCCCUACUUCAAGGAUAAGGGCGACAGCAACAGCUCUGCCGGCUGGAAGAACUCUAUUCGGCACAACCUGUCACUGCACAGUCGAUUCAUGCGGGUCCAAAAUGAGGGGACUGGCAAGAGCUCUUGGUGGAUCAUCAACCCUGAUGGGGGAAAGAGUGGGAAGGCCCCCCGGCGAAGAGCCGUCUCCAUGGACAACAGCAACAAGUACACCAAGAGCCGUGGUCGUGCAGCCAAGAAGAAGGCAGCCCUGCAGACUGCACAGGAGUCGGCAGAUGACAGCCCUUCCCAGCUCUCCAAGUGGCCCGGCAGCCCCACAUCCCGCAGCAGCGAUGAGCUGGAUGCGUGGACAGACUUCCGCUCACGCACCAAUUCCAAUGCCAGCACAGUCAGUGGCCGCCUGUCACCCAUCCUGGCAAGCACAGAGUUGGAUGAUGUCCAGGACGACGACGCACCACUCUCCCCCAUGCUUUACAGCAGCUCAGCCAGCCUGUCGCCCUCAGUGAGCAAGCCAUGCACCAUGGAGCUGCCACGGCUCACCGACAUGGCGGGCACUAUGAAUCUGAAUGAUGGGCUGACUGAGAACCUCAUGGACGACCUGCUAGAUAACAUCACACUCCCAUCAUCCCAGUCAUCACCCACUGGGAGUCUCAUGCAGCGGAGCUCUAGCUUCCCAUAUACCACCAAGGGCUCUGGCCUGGGCUCUCCAACCAGCUCCUUUAAUAGCACCGUAUUUGGACCUUCAUCUCUGAACUCCCUGCGCCAGUCUCCCAUGCAGACCAUCCAAGAGAACAAGCCAGCCACCUUCUCUUCCAUGUCACACUAUGGCAACCAGACACUCCAAGACCUGCUCACUUCGGACUCACUCAGCCACAGCGAUGUCAUGAUGACCCAGUCAGACCCCCUAAUGUCUCAGGCCAGCACUGCUGUGUCUGCUCAGAACUCCCGCCGGAACGUGAUUCUUCGCAGUGACCCAAUGAUGUCCUUUGCUGCCCAGCCUACCCAGGGGAGUUUGGUCAAUCAGAACUUGCUCCACCAUCAGCACCAAACCCAGAGUGCUCUUGGUGGCAGCCGUGCCUUGUCGAAUUCCGUCAGCAACAUGGGCUUGAGUGACUCCAACAGCCUUGGGUCAGCCAAACACCAGCAACAGUCUCCUGGCAACCAGUCUAUGCAAACCCUCUCAGACUCUCUCUCAGGCUCCUCCUUAUACUCAACUAGUGCAAACCUUCCUGUCAUGGGCCACGAGAAGUUCCCCAGUGACCUGGACCUGGACAUGUUCAAUGGGAGCUUGGAAUGUGACAUGGAGUCCAUUAUCCGUAGUGAACUCAUGGAUGCUGAUGGGUUGGAUUUUAACUUUGACUCCCUCAUCUCCACGCAGAACGUUGUUGGUUUGAACGUGGGGAACUUCACUGGUGCUAAGCAGGCCUCAUCUCAGAGCUGGGUGCCAGGCUGAAGGAUCACUGAGGAAAGGGGAAGUGGGCAAAGCAGACCCUCAAACUGACACAAGACCUACAGAGAAAACCCUUUGCCAAAUCUGCUCUCAGCAAGUGGACAGUGAUACCGUUUACAGCUUAACACCUUUGUGAAUCCCGCGCCAUUUUCCUAACCCAGCAGAGACUGUUAACAGCCCUUUAUCCUGGGUGAAGCACUUACCCUUGGAACAGAACUCUAUAAAGUAUGCAAAAUCUUCCUGGUACGGGGUGGUGAGCCACCUGCCAGCGAGGACGGCACCGUCAGCACCGCCCAGUCUCUUUCAGAGCACAUUGUGAGCCCCUGUGGGCGAUUCUGUGGUGUUUUAAUAUCGCGAUGGCUUAUGGGAUGUUUUACGUGUUGUUUUGUGUUUGUGUUCUUUUGAUCCUCUGAGUUUUUCACACACAUUAACUUGCAGUAUUUUUCUGUUAAAAUGUUAACCAUCCUUUCCAGGCACAUUUAGAAACAAAAGGAAAAUGUUAUACCAUUCUGGCUCUGGGCAUCGUAAGAUUUUUGAGCCCAUGGAACUCCAUAAACUAAUACAAUAUAGAAACUAUGGGGGGGGGGGCGGGGAUUUUCUUUCUUCUUUUGUUUGGCAGAAUGUUAUCCUUUUCUAAAAACUGAACAAUGGCACAACUGUUUGCUAUGCGCACCCGUCCAGGACUGAACACGCAUAGACAACACACAUGGAGCACAGUAUCCAUCUGACCCGUAUGUUUCCAUUCCUCAGCUUCUGAGUAGGGUGGUCUGAGGGUGAGACCCCUUCCCUCCCCACCCCCCAGUCAGUAGGACCUGUGGUCUCUCAUCAAUUUUUUCAGCUAAUACAGUAGACAGUUUUGAGCUGGUAGGUUAGAAAUGAGUAGCUUUUCAAGAAAGAAAUAAGUUCAGCCAUCCACUCAUUGCCAAAUGCCACUAUGGGACUAAAUUUUAAAGAGAAAAGAAAAGAGGGGGAAAAUGUGUCUUGUUUUGCUUUUCAAGCUCAAGAAAUGAGCUUACAGGUGGGCGACUAAGCUUACCAUGAGAUAAGAUAGGAGCGGAGGACACACCGAGUGGUUGGGAGGGCAGAUCUCAUUUGAAAUAUCCAUCCUUGAUUACGUUCAGCCUUGCUGUGUGUCAUCUGAUCUUGUAGAAGUAUAUGGGUGAAAGGCAAUAGCAUACAAACUGCUUUUUUUAAAUGUAAGCUUAAGUUGUAGUUGUGCAAGAGAUACAAUGGAAGCAAAACAAUAGGGCAGUUUAAACUUUUUUAAAAACAAAAAACUUUCCCGCUUCUAUGGAUUUCAUUUUGUUGUGUUUUCAAAAAGUUAUGGUGCUGUAUAGGUGCUUUCUGUUUAUCCUGGAAAGUGUGAUUGUCUUCAUCACCCCCUUUGUAGACAGAAAAGUUGGGAAUACUUUUGGUACAUAUGAAAUUGGUGUGACGAUGCUCUGAUUAGCACAGCAUAAACAGACUUCUCCAAAGUGAUACAAAGACUUUUCUUUGUGUAAAAAGCUUAAGCAUACAAAUGUAUAAGUAUAUUUUAUCAUGUACAGUACAAAAAUGGAGCCUUAUGCAUGGGCGUUAGGAACACAAGCUAGUGUUUCAGCACAGACUUCCCUGCUUGAGUUCUCGCUGAUGCUUGUACCCUGGCAGUGGGCACCAACACAGACGUGCACCAACCCCUUGCACCCACCACCACUAGCCCCCCAAGGUCCCCUUUGCACCUUUCUUUAUAACUCCUCUGGGGAUGAUGCUGGUGGUGAUCAUAGCUCCUAGCCUAAUAAGAGUUCCAUUUGGUAUUGUCACACGUCUCUUCCGCCUUGCUCCGAUUGUCACGUUUGAGCACUGGCUCUGUUGAUUUCACCCUGCCUUUCACAGAAUCUGUAAAUUGUUGUGCAGUUGUGAUUAUAGUAGACCUGUAGUGUAUUGCCUUCUCUGAACUGCUACAUGUUUAUAAUCUUCAUUUUUAAAGUAUAUAUAAUUUUUAAAAAUAUGUAUUCUAUUUACGUGGUCUGUUUGUCAGUGAGCCACACUUGCUUACCAUAUUCUUUAUAAUAAUGCUAGCCAUUCCUUUGAUUCCUUAGUAGUCUGCUGUACAGUGUCGGUAAAGGAGGGCUGCCUGCCUGGCUUCCUGCAUGGUGCUGCCUGGGCAGAGGUAUUGCAGGGGCUGCUGUGGGCUUACAGGGUGUAGGUGGGCAGAGAGAGAUGAUCGGAUAAAGAUCAGAUACAAGGGAGGAUCCCAAGUGCUUCCAACUUGAAGGCCCUGAGACUUCUCUCCUGAGUUCAAAGGAACAAAUUAACUCACAAAAUAGCUUACCUGCCUAUGCAGCUUUAGGACCUAGGAGCCACUUGGGAGCCAGAGAGUCAACCCUCCAAUGUGUUCCAGCUUGACAAUGUUGAAUUCCUUUCAGACAUGUGGCAUCUCAUUUAUCCUCUUCUUUUCCAGUGUUUGUUGGAUUUCAAGCACAAUGUCUUACAGAAUGUCCUAAAACCAGAUUAUGACUUAAUCUGAAACAGCUGAGGGAAAGACAGAGGGUACGGGUAUGAGGACAAGGCAGCCUCAGACCAGAUCAGAAUAACAGAAUGUUUUUUUAGGUAACUCCAACAAGCGUCUACAGUCUACACGUCGUGUGGACAGCUGAGACUGCCACACCCAGGAGAGGGUCAGGCAAGAAUUAAAUAAUAAGGUGUCAGAACCCCUCAAUCUCCACUCCCCACUCCCUACACACAGAGGCCAGGUUCCCUUAGAUGAGCCAGUUUAUACAGUGGUCAGAGGUGUUGCCUGGACCCUCUGUCCCCUCUAUCAGGUCCCCGCUUUCAGAGUGGGCUAAUUGCGGGCCACCAUGUAAUGUUCUGAAUGUCUUCAGUCCCUGCCAUAGUGACCAUAGUGUGAUCUGAAACAUCUCAGAUGACACUGCAGCCUUCAGGCCAGGGCCAGCAGUGCUCUGUUGAAUCAUGAGAAUUGUGCAGGGUCACCCCCAGCCCCUCAGUCAGUGAGCUGCCCCUAGGGAGGGAGCCACCCACUUGGUGACAGGAAGUCAGGAAGCAGAGUACAUAAUUGUGGAGACAAGACAUGCACUCUGGGGCUCCAUGACUCUCUUCGGGCUUCGGAACCUGAUACCUUGUACCAAAGUUAGAAAAGAGCUUUAUUGUGAGCUUUCACUGUCCUGGCACAAAGUCUGAGUGCCAGGCACAGCGUACCCCAUUAACUGUGAAUGCAUCUGAGGUGGCUUCCUGCAUCAAUCCUCUGCAAUAUGAUUGCUGAACCACAUUUGAAAAUUAUUUUUUGCUGAAGUCUGUCUUUUCUGUUCAUGGAGGAUCCUGCAUCCUUGUAUAAUGCAAAGUGGGUUUUCUUUUGGGUGUUGAUUUCUAGUAUCCUAUGUGUCGCUUUCCCGUCCUGAGGAGAAGACACGUGGCUCACUACUCAGGGUGUGACUUCAGGUGGCUUCUAACCCUAUACCCAGAUUAAGGGUUACAGAGACAGACUUCACCUCUCCCUAAGGAACUAUUCACUUGAUGAAUAAGGAGCAUUUAAAUCUCUUGGAAAAGGCCAUCAGGAAUAAAACAUUCAGGAAGCAAGUCCUUUGUUCCUGAUGCUGGUGUCAAAGGCUGUUGGGAAAUAAAGCUAUUAUCCUUCUCUAAAGGCAAAAAGAAAACUCUUGACAGUUCUGAAUUCUUUUUUUUUUUCCUGUUGUAUUUGAGGGAACACCAUAUUAUUAGGUGUAUUUUUUUAAUUAAGAAAAGCAAAAAAAAAUUUUUUUUCAUAAAAGUGCAAUCACUGGUAAAGAGGUACGAAAAUGCCAGCCCUCCCAGAGCUCUGGGAGGCAGGGCACUGGGGGAAAACAAAAUUCUGAUUUCUUUUUUCUUAAGUAAUUGUACAAAGUCAGGUUGUGAGUACAAUGCCUCUGGAUCAGUGUCACCCAUCACACUCCCGCGCUCUUUGAAAAUGAAGUUCUUUUUCAAACAAGAUCUUAAAACAGAUAUCCAAGUAUCUGAAAAGACUGUGAUAUUUGAUCUAAAUCUUAUGUGGGUAACAUUUUAUACAGGUUAAAUGGAUGGGAUAUUUUCUUCUUGUUUCUUAAUUUUAUUUGUGUGUACUUUUCUUUGAUGAAUGAUUACAAGGCAUCUGCUACACUCGAGAAAUAUGUGUGCAGCCACUUUUAGAAAACGACAAAAAACUAUGUCUGGUCACUGGUUUCUCUCAAAUUCUCUCAUUGCUUGGCAAUCAGUCUUCCCUUGUACCCUUGUCCUAGCACAGUAUAUCCACAAGAAAUGUAAACAAUGUGAAAGAGGACCAGGAAAAUUAGUGAUAUUUUUUAAAAUGUAUUGUGCAUUUUGGCUUCACAUGUUUAACUUUUUUUUUAAGAAAAAAAAGUUGCAUGAAUGAAAAAUCUCUGUAUACAGUAUCUGUAAACCUGUCUUACCUGUUUCAGUUUCUUGCUCCUACCCUAUACAACUAGAGUCACACAUGAUGCAUGGCCAUAUUCAAACACCUGAGAAUCAAGCAGCUCGGCUUUGGUUUGAAGCACCUCCAUCCUUUCUUCCAAAGCGAACACUAUCAUCCCGCAUUCUUACUGAGGAUUUUAACAUAACCAUAUGUUGCCAUGAAUUACAUCUGCCGCCUUUCUUCUCCAGGAUCAAAACCAGUUUGAUUUGGGAAUUAUCCCCUUUCCAAAUGAAGUGGAGAUGCAGUGCUUACUUUCCUUGGUGUUUGUAGAUACUGCCUUGUGUAUUCCAUUUAAAACCAUAAUCUAGUUUGUAAAAGAAAUGGUGACGCAUGUAAAUAAAGCAUCGAUGACACUCGUCUUA